GACUUGUGAAAUCUCAUAAUGGCAAAACUCAUUCACGCAUGACUGAGAUUGACAGAGAUUGAGUGAAGAUUCUACCACUCAUUCAAGCAUUUGCAUGAUGGGCACGCCAAAGUUUGUAGCUUUUUGAAGUCCAAAUCACCAAGAAGAAAAGAAAAAGAAGGAAACCCCAGAUGCUAUCACAGACCAGUUCUAUGGAUUACGAAAUGAUCCAAAAGCCUCAGGUUGGUGGUGGUAGUGGUAGUGGUAGUGGUAGUGGGGGAUUUUCACCUGGGAAAUUGAGGAAUAUGCUACUUGGGGUAGAGAAGAAGAGGAAGGAACAGGAAGGUUCGGAUUCUACUUUCAAUUUGAAAUCUCAAGCUUCUGGAUUUGAAGGAACUGGUGGUGCUGAUCACUGCAAAGAUGUAGAUGUUGUGAGUGUUCAUCCUGAAUGCUAUACUUCAACUGCUGCGGAUUUAUCAGGAUCAGAGAUGAUGAAUGCCCGCAUGUUGAAGGAUAAUGCAUCAGACAAUUUUAGAGCUAGGAAUCAAGAAGACUCCUCGUUGGAUUAUGAUAGUGGACAUGAUGCAAUGAGUGUGUCCGCUUCCAUUUUCGAGUUUCAGAAGGCAGAAAGGGGCACACAAAGACUGCCUCAUGCACCUUUCUCCAAGCCAGCGCCAUCAAAAUGGGUUGAUGCUCAGAAGUGGAUAGCAAGUCCAACUUGGAGCAGGCCAAAGAGUGGGCAAGGAGUUGGAUCGCGGAAGGCGGGUAACAUAUGUUAUGGGAGUCGCCAACCGAUGACAAAGGUUGUUGUUGAAGUUCCAGAUCCAAAAGGAGCUAACUGUGAAGAGCCAGAUACGAAACGAAUUGACACAAAUCAAGCUAGGACGGAAAGUGCAGGGCAGAAGUUUGUUAGCUGGGAGGCUGACCCAUACCCCAUUGCUGAUUCCUAUAGCAAGCCCGUGCUCAUGAUUGAAAACUCUGUUGGAGAGUCAGCAAUCAAUCUUAGCCGUCUUGAUUCUUCUGGAGCUUUCCAUGGCACGACAACAGUUAUUCCUCCCCCUUCAACAGCAAGGUCUGUGUCCAUGAGAGAUAUGGGUACAGAGAUGACGCCAAUUGCUAGUCAGGAACCUUCAAGAACUGGAACGCCCGUGGGGGCAACAACACCAAUUCGUAGUCCAAUCAAUUCAAGGCCAUCUACUCCCACCAGAGCUGCACAUGCGUCAUCUCCAAUUGCUCCAUCUAUUAUUAACCACAUAGAUCCUAGCAAGGAGCUGUCUGAGAAGGAGAAAACUAGGAGAGAAAUAAUGGCUCUUGGGACACAGUUGGGUAAGAUGAAUAUUGCCGCCUGGGCUAGCAAAGAGGAGGAUAAGAAUGCAUCAACAUCAGUGAAAUCCACUUCAUCAGAACAACAAAGUAUUAUUGAGACACGUGCGGCAGCAUGGGAGGAAGCUGAGAAAGCUAAAUAUUUGGCUAGGUUCAAACGUGAAGAGAUGAAAAUCCAAGCGUGGGAGAAUCACCAGAAAGCAAAAACAGAAGCAGAGAUGAGGAAAGUUGAGGUAGAGAUUGAAAGGAUAAGGGGACGGGCGCACAGCAAGCUAAUGAAUAAGCUAGCAGCCGCAAGGCAUAAGGCUCAAGAGAAGCGAGCAGCAGCGGAGGCAAAGAGAAACCAGCAAGCUGCAAAAACGGAGCAACAAGCUGAGCACAUUCGCAGAACUGGCCGAAUCCCUUCCUCCUUUUCUUGUUGGGGCUGGUACUCUUGAUGUUCAAGUCACUUUCUUCGGUGGAGGGCUUUUGUCCGAUUUUGCAUUUAUGUAUGUCCACGGCUCCACGCUUAUACCUGUGCAGCUGUGCUUAUGUACAUGAGCACAGUAAGAUCUCCACUCAUGUAGAAACGUAAAGACUGAUUUGGCUUAGUAAGCCUAUAUAAGUAGCAACUACUUAAUGCAAGUGUCAUUUGCCUUUCCAUUUUGUGUCUGGUCCUUAUGAGUUAUGAGAUCAAGCAUGUUUGAAGAUGAAAGCAUCCACCAACACCAACA